AAUUUAGUGGAAACUGACUUUAGAUCUAACUUGGGAACUAAUUAGACAAUGUUAGCAGAUAACAUACUACCUUAGUUUCUGCUUGUGAAUAUACAAUAGAUUUUUCAAACCCUUUUCAAUCAGUUCCUCCAGUUGUACCUUUUUGAUGAUGUGAAAGCUAGUUAGUCUCUCUGUAAGUCUGCUACAGGCUUGUGUGGAUGAGAUUGUCAGAGAUUUCACUCAUUCAAAUGAGAAAAUUAAGUUCACUGAUUUGUUUGAUAUAAACUUAUCUAACCCUUAUUAUAACGACACAGUGUGAGAAUUUCAAUGACAAUGAUUAACUGGAUGUUGUCACAACAGUAUGAACUUAAUAUAAUGAUGUAAUUAGUCAUUUACACUGUAUCAUUGUGCAUGAUUAGUAAGCUGCAUUGGGCACAAAAUGUAAUCUUUUUUAAGAGACACUGAAUGUGUAGCAUGUUAAUGAAAAUAAUCAGUUAUGAAACAGUCUAAUGCUGUCACAUAUAGUAUGAUGCUGAAAUAAAAAUAGUACAGAGUACAUCCAUGGUCUGAUAAACAUCCACUGGAGCCCUACUGACCCCUACUGUACAUGUCAAUUUAAUUAUUCACCCAGGCACCAAGAAACCAUGUAGAGGUGAAAUGACAGAAAAACUAAUUUGCAAUAAUUUUAGUGUUUUUUGAACUAUCAGACUAUCAGAAUGUGUUAACUUGGGCUUCAGUGGAUAAAGAUGGACCACAAUUUACAGACAUUGUACAAAUAAUCAAUUGAUUAACUGGGAUGCUUGUAGUUCUACUUCUCGGCACUGAGUGGCGCUGUGACACAUGCUGCAUUCACCGUGUGACUCUCUUGGUAACAAAAUCUGUGUUGUCAAACGUUGCUAAGGAAGUUAUAGAGCUACUUUUUAAAUUAGCCACUCUGAGAUCAAACAGCGGUAUACGAGAGGUAACUUUACUUCAGCGUGAUAACACGUAAAUAACUACAGAAGACGGAAACUAUCGACACCACCCAUUUAUUAACACGAUUUAAUAAACGCUCGCUUAAAGCGUUAGCUCGGCUGGUCUGUACAUCGCUACUGUUUUGCUAACAUUUAACUGCUUUGCUAACUAGUUACUGUGGGGUUAUUAGCUAACUAAGCUAACCUAGAGAGUUAACUAAUGUUAUAGCUGUAUGUCUGGCUGGAUGACAGCUUGGUAAGCGGAAAUCACGGCGCUUCUAUUAAGCGAUGACAACAGGAAUUUUGGUUCAAUCUCUUGGCUAAGGUGUAGGUCACUUAAUGAUGAGAGUACUUUGUCCACCUGACCACAGCUGGUCUCAGACAUGAUGAGAGGAUGACUGAGAAUGGAGAGGACAGCAGCCUCCAUCAGAAUUGUCAAGCUCCUGACAAAGGAGAUUCAGUUGUCACUGACAGCAGGCCACGCAAGACCUCUUUAGUGGAUGUCAAACCCUGCAAGGAACACAGUGAUGCCCUUAAACUCACUGCUAGAAAGGGAGAGGGAGAGGUCAGUCCGUACCAGCCUCGGCCACCCUCAUUGCCCAGGCAAGCAAAGUCCAGCAAAAGUGGCUCAGUUGAGGAGACGGUGAGAAACAGGAGGCUGAGAAACAGCCAGGAGAGUCUGAGCGACCCGGCUGAGACUGGCUCCUCCACAGACUCGCUUAAAGAGGACCAAACAGUAGCAGCUCCAGGUGGGUUUGUUGUCAGUAGUGCUGCCACCAUCAGGAACCGGGACACCAGUGUGAGACCACACUCUGCUGUUGCGACAGGAUCCCCAGUCUUCCGGGAGAGAGGGAGCAGUCUCUCUGAGUAUGAAAGGAGGCCUCACAGCCAGCAGAGCGACCCCACAGACCACCGGGGGAGGUCCACCAAGCAGCGACUGUCUCCGGUGCAACCCAUGGGGCCGCUGCCUGCUCUGGAGAAGAGCUUCGUGUCAGCCACUUUAAGGGCAGCUAAUAGGAUUGACAGGGAUUGUUUGGAUUAUGGCGUGCUGGCCAGAGAGAAGCUCAGGGAGAGACUCCACAGGAACCUGAGCGACAGCCGGCUUCUGGAGAACAUGGGGUCGGACAGUGCCUCUGUCAACUCCAUGAGGUCCACCUACAGCGUGCUCAGCCCCAUCAGACCGCAGGAUGUGAGGAACAGGAGCUUUUUGGAGGGCAGCGUGCUUGGAAGUGGUGCUCUGCUUGGGGCUGAGGAGCUGGACCGUUACUUCCCCAACAGGAGAGUGGGUGUCUACAUCGCCACAUGGAACAUGCAGGGAGAGAAGGGGCUGCCAGCCAACUUAGAUGAUCUCCUCCUUCCAACAGACUCUGAAUUUGCACAAGACUUUUAUAUUAUCGGGGUCCAGGAGGGCUGUCCUGACAGGAGGGAGUGGGAGACGCGUCUUCAGGAGACUCUGGGACCUUAUUACGUCAUGCUGUACGCAGCAUCACAUGGUGUUUUGUAUCUCACUGUAUUUGUCAGAAGAGACCUCAUCUGGUUCUGCUCAGAGGUGGAGCACGCCACGGUCACAACCAGGAUCAUCUCUCAGAUCAAGACCAAAGGGGCCGUGGGAAUUGCCUUCACCUUUUUUGGCACUUCCUUCCUCUUCAUCACAUCCCAUUUUACCUCUGGGGAUGCUAAAGUUUACGAGAGAAUACUCGAUUACAAUAAGAUUGUCGAGGCUCUAGCCCUUCCAAAAGGCCUUCCAGACACCAACCCUUACCGAUCCACACCAUCUGACGUCACCACAAGAUUUGACCAGGUCUUCUGGUUUGGAGACUUUAACUUUCGGCUGAGUAAGGACCGGGUGGAUGUGGAGAGCAUCAUGAACCGCACAGUGGAUGGUGAUAUGGGCCCCCUGUUGGAGCAUGACCAGCUCUUCAAGGAGAUGAAGGAUGGUUCAAUCUUUAAAGGUUUUCAAGAGGCAACGAUACACUUCCUCCCCACAUACAAAUUUGACAUCGGCUGCGACAUCUACGACACUACGUCUAAACAGAGAACGCCUUCAUACACAGACAGGAUCCUGUUCAGGAACAGGCAGGCUGAAGACAUAAAAGUGGUCAAGUACACCAGCUGCUCCAGCAUCAAGACCUCAGACCAUCGACCCGUCAUCGGUGUCUUCCAGGUCAAACUAAGGCCAGGCAGAGACAAUAUUCCUCUGGGUGCAGGACAGUUCGACCGAGGCUUGUAUUUGGAGGGCAUUAGGAGGAGGAUCACCAGAGAGCUGAAGAGGAGGGAAGCCAUGAAGAACCAAAGUAGCAGCACCAUCUGCGCCAUCGCUUAGACCCUUAAAGUGGACUCGCCAGACCAGACCAGACCAGGCUGGACUGGAUCAAACCGUGCCACAAAACAGGCAGGUGGAAAAGGACCAAAAGGAAACCGGAGUUGUCUUAAUUACACAGUACCCAGCGCUGAUUGUGGUAACUGAGCAGAGUGCGCCCUCUAUUGGACAUUGUUAGGAGCUGUGUGUGUGUGUGUGUAUGCAUAUGUCCUGCUGGUCAAGAGAUGUGGCUGGCUGUACUUGAGGGCAGGGACCUUAAGGUCAGACAGAGAGAGAUUUGCAGACACAGCAGCAGCAGUCUGGCCUUUAUUUAUUCACCCCCUUCUACUCAAACGUGACUGGGACAGAGUGGGAUGGGGUGGGGCGGGGUUUAGGGGGCUGCCAUCAUGGCUUACUCUUCAGUCACACACUGCAACCUGAACUGAUUUAACCUCGCAGGCUCUGCAUUACAUUUUCAGAUACAUUUUUAGGUGUUUAAAAAGCAUCAUGAACCACAAUGUUUUUUUUUUUGUUUUUUUCUGAAUGCUACAUCUUGCCUUGUGAAUUUGUCAUCAGUAAGCAUUUAGGUGUCUGCCAUUGGUCCAUUUUUAACUUGAAUUGUGUUCUGAGCUGAAUGAACGACUGAAGAAGGGAACUGUAGCUACAUUAUUUCUGUCAUGAGGUCAAAUAUAUCAUAUAAAGAGCAUGACAUUAAUGAAUGCUGCAGCUAUGAGGUUGUUAUUACUUAUUAUGUGCUACUGUUGAAUUUCAGGGAGAUCAAAUAUAUUUGACAGCUUAUAUUAAACUGUUUUUUUAAGGGAACUCACCUCCUAUAAAAUCGAUUGAGCAUUUUAUUUACAAUGUUAACACCUGUCAUGACUAUUUCUCUUAUUAGGCCAAGUGAUCCUUGAUCCUGAUUGUAACUUAUUGCCUUACCUCUCAUCUCACUGUGUAACCUCAUAUAUUCUACAAACUGUCCAUGUACUGUAUGUUGUGUACCGUAUUAAUGAAUUUGCAUUCCCAGCAUGAAGAGCAGUCUGCGCUAAGAAAAAAAAAGUGCCUGUGGGUCUUGUUUUCAUUUCCUCAGGACCUCUUUAUCUUUUUAUAUGUCACCUAUGGCGUAACACCCCUUAAUAAACAUUUUAAAACACA